AGGCUAUUGAACUGUAGUCUUGUAAAUAGAUACUUAAACGCAAGCAAAUCGAAUAAAUAUAUCAAAAACAACAAUCAAAUUUAAAUCGAACAACAUGUGCCGAUUCAUCGCUAUCGUAAUUGCAGCCGUUCUCACCUCAUACAGCACCUUCGCUGCAUUCUUCGGAAUCUUUAGUACUGAGUGGUGGACAGGUGCCGUCAACGUAGGUAUCGCCACCGCGUGCAACUCUACAGCAAAUCUAGACGGUCAGUCUUAUUGUAAUGACUUUUCUCUCGAUACGCUGAGCAACAGUACAGAACAAGCCAUGUUUGGUCUACUAGUGGCAUCGAUCAUUGUAGGAUUGCUCGCACUCAUUGUGAUGGUGUUCAACAUCAUAUUCGCGUGCUGCUGCAUAAAUCUUGCGGGGCCCUUUACCGGACUUUUGGUGUUUCUUCAGGGCGCCUGCAUACUCGCUACAAUUUUGACUAUGGGCUUCUAUUACUCCUGGUCUUAUCCGGCUGGCACAUCAUCUAUUGGAGCGGCAUAUAUCGUAAACAUCGUAGCUGUACCUCUAUCGUGGGUUGCAACAGCACUGACCGGCGUGCACCAUUAUAGUCAAAAUGGGCGCGAUGAAGAAAUCAAAGCUUAAAACACUUGUGAUAAAAAAAUAUGAAUAAGGA